CGUGUUAGAAAUAAAGAUAAUAUGAAUAUCGUUAUGAACAAGUGAUAGAGAUAUACCUUGAUAGCACAAAUCAAAGAUCAAAGUGUAAUGGAGAAUCAAAGGAGAAGCAAUGCAAUUCAAUGAGAUCAAUAGACUAAGGAGAAGGAUGUCUCAUUUCAACAUAUGGAGCCUCUAUUUAUAGGCUUACAAAUGAGAAAAGAAAAGCUUCUUCUACUCAAAGAAAAUACAAAAAAAAAAAUUAUAAUGUUGGGAAGAGAAGAAGAGAGGACAAUGAUGAACAAGUACUACACAAGAAGUUGGAGCUUGAGGACUACUGCUACGGCGGCGGCGGCGAACCGCCGGCGGUCGGAGAUACUAUUUUCUCAUCCAAUCAGACAUUAUCUGAAGCGGUUCCGGGGAAGUCUGGCGGAGGCUUUGCGGGUCGUGUCUCCGGGGAGAUGCCGGAAGGUCGGGUCGUCCCCGGACGGCGGCGAGAAGGUGGGGGUGAUGGGGAGAAGCUGCUCGUGCAAGUGGGCCGUGACGAGCGGCCCACGUGCAAUGGGCGGGUUUGAUCAUCAUAGGGCCGAAGCCAUUGAUGAUUUGUUUGCUACUCAGAAGCCAGAGUCAAAAAGUGAUGAAGAGUGGGCUUUUGAACAUGAAAUGGUUUGUGGUUUCAUUCGUCAGUGGGUAGAUGAUAAUGUUCUGAAUCACAUCUACAAUGAAUCUCAUGCUAGAUCUUUGUGGGACAAGCUUGAAUCCUUGUAUGCAUCAAAAACAGGGAAUAACAAGCUAUAUUUGCUUAGGCAAGCUAUGAAUCUGAGAUUCAAGGAAGGUUCUUCUAUUUCUGACCACUUGAAUGAAUUUCAAGGGUGUUUUGAUCAGUUUUCAGACAUGGGCGUAAAGUUCGAGGAUGAGAUUUUGGGACUUUGGUUGCUGAAUACUUUGCCUGAUUCUUGGGAAAAUCUUUGCGUGUCUUUGAUUAGUUCUGCUCCCGGUGGUACAGUAACCAUGGAGUUUGUCAAAGCUGCCGUUCUGAAUGAAGAAGUGAGACGCAGAACUCAUGAGACAUCUACUUCAAAAUCUGAUGUCUUGGUUACUGAAAAUAGGGGGAGAAGCAAAGACAGAGAUCAUGGAGAAUUCAAAAGGGGCAAGAGCAGGAGCAAGUCCAGGUCAAAAUACAAAAAUGUGGAGUGCCACUAUUGUCAUAAAAAGGGGCACUUAAUGAAAAACUGCUUCAAGCUGAAGAACAAAGACAAGAAUAAGCGAGAAGGGAAAGAUGGUGAAAAUGAUCGUCAUGUUGCUACCACGACUUCGGGUGAUUAUGGGGUAUUGAAGAUGGGUAAUGAUGGUCGUUCACAGGUUGUUGGCAUUGGUGUUGUUGUCCUGGAAACCAGAACUGGGAUGAAGUUAGUGUUGAAGAAUGUCCGACAUGCACCAGAUAUUCGCUUGAAUUUGAUAUCUACUAGUGUCUUGGAUGAUGAAGGUUAUAUGAGUACCUUUGGUGAUGGGCAAUGCAAACUCACUAAGGGUUCUCUUAUUGUGGCUCGUGGGAAGAAGUGUUCAGAUCGAGUAUGGUCCGGGAAAGAUGUUUCUUAUGACCAUUUGCGUGUUUUUGGGUGUAAAGCUUUUGUACAUGUGCCAAAGGACGAGAGAUCCAAAUUAGAUGUCAAGACGAGGCAGUGCAUCUUUGUUGGCUAUGGUCAUGAUGAAUUUGGCUAUCGACUUUAUGAUCCUGUUGAGAAGAAGCUUGUCAGAAGCCGUGAUGUUAUCUUUAUGGAGGAUCAGAAUAUUGAAGAUAUUCAGAAGAUGGAGAAGUCAGAGUCUCAAAGUUAUGAUGAUCUUGUUGAUUUGAAUCCAACUCCCGUGGCUCAUACGCCUAAUGCUACCAGUGGAGAUCAGAAUGAUGAUAACAGUCAUGUUCCACAUGAUUUUGCCGAUGGUAAUGGUGAAGAAGAAUCAAAUGAGGUACACAAUCAACCUCAUGUUGAUAACAAUUCACCUACAGUUGCUCUCAGGAGGCUUUGCCAAAGGGGAAGUUUGAAACUUGUUGUUUGAUUGCCGGUUUGGCAACCACCUCCACAUAGUCAGGAGGGGGGAGAUUUGUUGGGCUCCCAACUAUGUGUCAUCUUUAAUUAAAAGGCCCAAAUAUUUUUGGAGGAUAAGUCCUCAAUACAUUUUUGUCCACAUAUUUUUUGGGAGUAAAGUUUGGCAGAUAUAUACCACACACCACGCAUGAUUCACGCACAAAAAAAAGGAGAAAAACAGCCGCAAGGGAAGAAGUAGCCGCUGGUUUUUCCAAAAAAACGCAGGUCUGGUUUUUCUAUCGAUCGGAGUGCCUUCGUAGUAUUGUUAAGGGCUAGAUAUCAUUGUGGUGCUGUUAUAUUGUGCAUUUGUACUCUCAAUUUGGUGGUAGUGGAGUUGGUUGGACCGAAGGGUCUCGUGGUUUUUACUCUUUCACAUUGAAAGGGUUUUCCACGUUAAAAUCUCGUGCCUCAUAUCGUUUUAUUUUCGUAUUUGGAUUAUCUUGUUGCUUGGUGUUCUUUGGUGUGUUUGUUUGUUGCUCCUCAUAGAUUCAUUCAAGAGGGAAAGGUGUUGAUCUUGGGCACUACACAUUCAUUAGUGUUCUUGCUUUCCCAACAUAGAGAUCAAUUGUGUGUGGCUUCGAGAGCUCAACUCGUAAGUUGGCAAAGGCAAGGAAUGCAAAAGGGAUAAGAACUGAGUUCGAUUUCU